UCGAACAUCCUCAACAAACAAACACUUCACUUGUUACAUAUUCUUCAUAUUAGUUUUUUAAGUUUCAACAAUGGAAGCAACCUGUCUUCAGUUUCUUGAGAACAAGACAAUUCUCGUCACCGGUGCUUCAGGCUUCCUUGCUAAAGUUCUGGUGGAGCGGAUUCUGAGAUUGCAACCAAACGUGAAGAAGCUUUACCUCCUCGUAAGAGCAUCCGACAAGAAGUCUGCCGAACAACGGUUAUACAAAGAGGUUUUCAAGAAAGAGUUGUUUAGGGUAAUAAAAAGGAAUAUUGGUGAUGAAGGUCUAAACACCUUAAUCUCGGAAAAAGUUGUUCCAGUUCCGGGUGACAUAUCACUGAAGGAUAUUGGAGUGCAUGACGCUAAUCUCUUACAAGAUAUGAUGCAAGAUAUCGAUAUUAUCAUAAAUUCUGCUGCCACCACUAGAUUCGAUGAAAGAUACGAUGUUGCACUUGGAAUCAACACGUUCGGAGCAAUCAAUGUCCUUAACUUUGCUAAAAAGUGUCUGAAACCAAAAUUGCUUCUCCAUGUGUCAACUGCUUAUGUUUGUGGGGAAAGAUCGGGACACAUAUUAGAGAAACCUUUUGCUAUGGGAGAGACCCUUAAAGGUAAAAACAAAGUAGACAUCAAUACCGAAAUGCGACUGGCAGAACAGAAAUUAAAACAACUCAUAGAACAAGGUUGUUCUAAGGAACAAACUGAACAAGUCAUGAAAGACUUGGCAUUAAAAAGGGCAAAGCUUUAUGGAUGGCCAAACACAUAUGUCUUCACCAAAGCAAUGGGAGAAAUGCUUCUUGGACACUAUAGAGGAAGUAUGCCUACUGUAAUUAUACGUCCCACAAUAAUCACAAGCACUAUCUCGGACCCUUUUCCCGGUUGGAUUGAAGGUUUAAAAACCGUAGACAGUGUGAUUCUAUCCUACGGAAAGGGAAUGCUAAAGUGUUUUCUCGUCGAUCAAAAGACAGUAUGUGAUAUUAUACCGGCUGAUAUGGUGGUAAAUGCAAUGAUCGCAGCAGCAGCUGAACAUUUCCAUGAUUCAGGAAGUCAUACAAUUUACCAUGUUGGCUCAUCUAACCAAAAUCCGAUGAUAUAUAAGAAACUUUAUGAAAUGAUGAUUCGUUAUUUCAUGGAAAGCCCUCUGGUCGGACGCAAUGGUAUGCACAUAGUCCCAAACCUUACAACAAAAUCCACAAUGGCUAGGUUCCGUGUAUACACGAACCUGCGCUAUAAAAUACCCAUACAGGUAUUGGGAUUACUAAGUACAAUUUUGCCAUCGCUAAGAGAUACAUAUGAGCACCACAACCGUAAAUUCAAGAUGGCCAUGAGAAUGGUGAAGCUCUACAAGCCUUAUGUUAUCUUCAAGGGCAUAUUCGAUGAUAAAAACCUCGAAACAUUGCGUAUCAAGAAUGAAGCUAAAGAGACGGAGAAAUUAUUCGGAACCAACCCAAAAUGUAUUGAUUGGGAAGACUAUUUUAUGAAUACACAUAUCCAUGGCCUCAUGACACACGUGUUCAAGAAAUAAACUUCAAAUUGAAGUAUCAUACGGAAUCAAGUCAGAAGAUGUUUGUAUUGCAUGUGUUAAGUCUACUAUAUGUAGUUAUAAUUAUACAAAUAAACCGGUCGAUGAAAUAACGAUAUACAGUACUGGACCGUUGCUUAAUAAUGUAUCAUCUUUUUUUUUUUUUUUUUUUUUUNUUUUUUGAACGAAUAAUAAUGUAUCAUCUAUAUUUGUAAUUUGUCUAUUUAAAAUCCUUCGGCUU